AGUUUGUAAUUUUUUGUUCAUCUGAAGUGUGGCAAUAAGAAAAAUUGUGAAAUAAAAAUGAAGAUUUUAAUUGCGAUUGUAGUUUUUAUGUUUUUUGAAUGUGCAUGGACAUGGUCUAAGGGAACUAAAAGAUUUGAUGGUCAGCCUUGUAUAGAAAUGAAACCAAAUCAUGGGAAUAAGGCUCCACAAAUCACCGAUAGUCCUUUUAGCGUCAAAGUCUCAAAGUUAAGUGUUCGUCAAGGAGAAAAUGUGAACGUCGUUAUUGAAGAUGAAAGUGGAAAUUUAAAAUUUCAAGGCUUCGCUAUUGAGGCACAAACGUCAGCACCUUCUUCCAUAGUUAUUGGAACUUUUCUACCUACUGAUACUGCAAAAAUAAUCGAAUGUGAUGGAAACGCAUCUGCUGCAACUCAAAACGGAGCCAAAAGGAAAGAUAAAAUUGAACUGAUAUGGAAAGCUCCUUCGGAUUACCUUGGAGAUUUUCGGUUCAACGCAACUGUUGUGAAAAGUUUCAGUUAUUAUUGGUUGAACGUCAUCACCGAAUGGAUUGAAGUGACAGUUUAGAAUUCAUUUAUGAAAACUAAAAAAUCAUUUCGUUUAUUAAAAUAAAAAUUAAAACUGUUUUGCGAACUCAUAUAAAAUCGAUCCAGGUAAAGAAAACACUUGAAUAAACAAUAAAAUGAUUGAAUAAAUAAAGACAGUUAAUUGAAGCAGAA